GUCUGGAGGACCUACGGAGAAGAGGUCACUGCUGUUUGGGGCAACUUCUUAUUACGACACCGAUGGAAGUGUAAAGCUAAGUGUUUAACCAUAAGAAAACAGAUUAGUACAUCGUCCCUCAAAUUUACAGCACACACUGAAAGCUCUAGACCAGCUUACAUGCAUCUGUCACGACGGUGUUACACUAAUAUCGUACAUGGCACAUAAUCCAAAUAGGAGUACUUCAUGCACCAAGGCAUAUUAUAAAGUCGGUAGCAGUAGAUGCUGACUAGCUCUAUCCUAUGUGAAUUCAGUUUUGAUAACUACAAUUCAGAUUUUUCAAGUGUUAUGUGCACCAGAAUCACGAGUCGUAGUUAAUAAAUGCUGAAGGGGCCUGGUUGCAACAGUUGUGGUAGUUUGUUGCAUGAACAACUGCCAUACGUGCAGUAAAAUCGAAAUUCGCAACAGAAAAAUACUCGCGAGACUUUCUCCGUCGUUUGAGGCAGAUUCCGUUUAACACUUUCUAAAAUUAUAUGUAAUUGCGAGAUUUCAAUUUCAGGCUGAGACAUGACGUAAAAAUUUAAGAAAGAAAAUCUUUUCCUACAGGUGCGUUACAAAAUAAUUCACACGAUAAAAGAUGAAUAAUGCGAACUAAGAUCAGUGAGACAUUUCUUUACAUGAAAAUUUAACUAAGAUCUUCGUCCUGUUUCUCGAGGCUCCUGCGGUAAGGGUGUCAGAGCUAAAUAUGGUUGUUGCGCUCUCUGCGAUUGUGUACGCUUUGCUGCUGCCAGCGCAUUUAUUAUUCGAGAGCGGAAUCGACCACGGCGAGCCAUAAAUGCACUUUGGACAGGCAGCGCUAUCGACUGCUAGUCCGGACGCGCGAGAAUUCAGUAAUCGAAUUCUGACUGCCGGUCAGAGUCACGCUAGUUUCAGACAGUAGGGAAAAAAAAAACAUUUUAUACCCCUGAAUCGACGACAUUACAGUGAGCUUUUCACGAAAUUUUAAUUAGUUCAUAACGUAGCAUUUCAGUUCCAGACACUUGGCAGACAGUCAUAUAGAAAAACGUCCUUAGACACGAAUAAAAUUGAAACUGUUAAAAUUCAUGAGUAAAAAUAAAUCUAUUCCCUACAGUUUUUUCUGAGCUUGGCAUGUAACACCAGUGACAUUUCAGUUAUUUUCUUAGGAAUCUGGCAUUGAAUGUAUACCAGAUCUUUAUUUGUUGUAUACAUUCGCGGCAAUUCGCUUUCAAUUUCGAUCCGAGAAUCUAAUACUGUUGUUGUAAAAUGCUAAUAUUUGGGAAGUGAUGAAGAGGAGAAUAGUCGCGCUAUUAGCAAAGAAUAUUUACGCAACAACACGCAACGUCGUAUCAAAUCUCAAGAUAAUUUGGACUAGAAGACUUACCGCAGUCUUGAAGAAAGUGGUUUGUAGUAAUGCCCGUGUAAAGACUGAAUGAAGAUAAAUUCUCCAACAGAAACAUCCCAUGUCGUUUUAAGUGAGUAUGUAGUUGUUUUAAUGAAGUUACCAUUAUUGGAGAGUCACUAUUUAGAGAUUAACAGUGCCUGAAGGACAAAAUAUCUGUUGAUCAAAACUGUUAUUGAAUAAUUCUGUGUUACAUAUACAGUUAUCUCGAACACUUGUUACUGAACUCUAAGGCAAAUUACUUUCCAGCAGUAUUAAGUAGGAUAUUUUUCUUUAAACUGAAUUAUCGUGAGAAAUGGAAGAAAGAAAUGUCAUUGAUUUUGGAGUACUCAAGACAAACGUCUGAUAGGUAUGUGAAACAUUUAACUCUAAUGAAGUAAGGGUAGUGUACCGUUGACUAACUUUUAAGAAGUAAAGAACUGUUUCCUGAUAAAUCAAAUCGUGCAGCAAAGAUUCUUCUCUCAUAUUGUAAAUAUUGGUACUGUAUAAGUAGUUGUUAACGUAUUACAUUCUGAGAACGGGUGAACUAUCACGGUUCAAGUCUCAAUCUUAAACUAUAAUCUGUAUUUAUCAGCAGAUUAUUUCAGAGAUGUAGUGAGUUUUCUAACUUCCCUAUAAUUUUGCGGCGGCUUAUUUACCCUGCACAUCUAAUGUGUGUGAAUAAAGACGUUUGGCCAAUAACACAGGCUAACAGACAGUGAAGACUUGUGUACUUCAAGCCGAAGCCCUUUGUCUCGGUUACUAAGAAGGCGAUAGAAGGAACUGGUGUCUUCCUAUGCGCAAGGCCGGUACUCUGCAAUGCCCGUCAUCUCGAGACCGAGAGGUGUGACGUCAUCAGGGUCAGGCGGACGAGGAACAUCGUCCACGUCGGCGACGACGACCACCACGUCGACUACCGUAAUCGUCAACGACUUGAACGACGACAUCUCCGUGACAUCCGCGAGCUUCACCCUUCUCCGCGACAAUGAGCCGCUGCCUCCGGAACACCAGGAGCUGAACGUGAAGGCGCUGCAGCGCAAGCUGAUGGAACUGAAGGCCGAGAAGGAAGGCGUCCCACUGUUCACCAAGACCAGGAAGUACAACAACAACAAUAACAAUAACCGGAUCACGCGGUCACAGAACAACAUCUCGGACCCCAAGAAGAAGAGCAACGUCGCAGGGGAGAAGGUGCUGAGCAAGUCGGUGAACAACCUGAGCGCCAGCCUGGUGAGCAACAACGCCGGGCACAAAGGCUACCACCGCAACUGCUACACGAGCGCGGGCCCCGCGGACUACUCCUACUUCCACCUGUACGGCAGCAUGGCGGCGGCGGCCGUCGCCAAGCACAACAACUACCGCAACAACCUGCAGAACGGCGCCGCCGGGGCGCAGACAGAGUCGCCCAAGCUGGCGCGCAAGAAGCGCUCUUCUCCGGGGGAGGAGGGCACCCCUCCCCAGCAGCCGGGCGGUCGCGGCCGCGCGGCGCCCGCCGCCCAGGGAAGGGAGCGGCCCAUGUUCGUGACGACGGUGAAGUCGGGCUGCUUCCUGGAGCCGCCGCCCGAGCUGGCCGCGCUGCUGGGCCUCCCCAGGGCUGGAGGCCUGGACCAGCGCCAGGUGCUGCUCUACUCCUUCUCCAGCCAGCCACGCGUGCUGCCCAGCAACGCCGGCCGCCAGCAGGUGCACAAAGCGCGCUGCCCGGCUGCGGCCUUGGCCGCCCAGAAGCAGCAGCAGCUGCAGCACAAAAACGGCGAUGCCAAGAAGCAAGAUGCCGGCCCUCCGUACGCCAACAUCAUGUACGACCGCCGCGUCGUACGUGGAAGCACAUUUGCUCAGCACCCUAUCCCGACGGAUGGGGAGUCGCAGGCGGCUCGCCAGGCCGAGGUGCGGCGGCGGGCGCUGGCCAGGAAGCGCGCGCACGCGCAGCAGGGGCGGCUGGGGCUGCGCGUCGGGUCGCCGCCGCCGGUGGCGGGCCGCAAGCACGAGACCGUCCAGACCUCCGCCUACCUCGAGGAGAUCCUGGACCGGCCGCUGGAAGAAGACGCCUGCUGCCAGACAGACCUGUUCCUCGACCGGCCGCCGACGCCACCCUACGUUCCGGCCAAAACCGGCCUCGACCAGGAGACGCAGAUAUACCCAGGAGACCUCUUCGACUUUGACUUGGAGGUGGAGCCAAUCCUGGAGGUGCUCGUGGGCAAGACGAUCGAGCAGGCCAUGAUCGAGGUGCUGUCCGAGGAGGAGAUGGCCGCGAUGCGCGCGCAGCAGCGCCGACUCGAGGAACGCAGAGCCGGAGAGGAGGCGGAGAUCAAGCGACUGGAGGAGCGCGAGCGGCGCAUGCGCGAGGAAAAGGACCGGCGCGUGUCGCAGCUGGAGCGGGAGCUGCGCGAGCAGCAGGAGGCGGAAGAGCGGCUGGCGGCAGCCGUGCUCACCAGGGGGUACCUGGAGGAUGCUCUGCCCGCCGUGCUGCGCGGGCUCAACGAGGCGGGAUACUUCAUCGACGCCAUCCGCGAGGACGUGCUGCAGAACUUCAUGCCGUGGCUGAUGAACGAGGUGCGGCAGGAGAUGGACCAGAUGGUGGCGUCGCGCCAGGUGCUGACCGACUUGGUGCGCGACAUCGUGCGCUCGCGGCGCGACAUCUACCUGGCGCUGGUGGAGAGCGACCGCCACCAGCGCUGGCUCGAGGGCCACGAGAACGAGCUGGAGUUCCAGCGGCAGCACGCCGACAGGCUCCAGAAGGAGCGGGAGCUGGCCGAGGUGGAGGCGGCCAAGGCAGAGGAGGCAGCAGACGAAGAAGAGUCCGGAGCGUCGUCUUAGUUCUUAGCAUCUCCACCGCGGCCCUUGGCGCUACUGCCUGUGGAGCGCCACAGCGCUGCCAACGGACAACAGGCGAACCAUUUCGACACACCGCUCCGCCAAAUUACCGGAAGAAAAUGCCAACGUUCGGAGAGUGCAAGCAGAGAUGUACAACACAAAUUUUUGCCCUGUUAAUGUCAUUUCAGAUAAUUUAUGCAAUACAAUCGUUUCAUCGAUUCAUGUCCUCUGUCGUUAAAAUAAAGAUCAGCUGAAAUAAUGUUAGCAGUUUUAAAACUUUAAAAAAAAGACCAUUUGCAAUAGAAUUUAUAAAUACCUAGUACAGACAAUCGUUCUUAGUAGCAAACAAUAUUGAUUUCAAAUAAGACUAUCAUCUGAACAGGAUAUAUUUACUAGACUUAAUAAAUCAGAUAUUAUAACUAUUUUGAUUAUUUUGUGACUUGGCUAAGGCUUCUGUUUGUUUAAAACCAUGAUAUCUUCAUGAUGGUGAAGUCAAAAUGUUAUGUAGUACAAGACACAGCAGUUUGAUUAUUUCUAUCUCACUUCUAUGACAAAAAUCCUUGUGUACCAUUUUCACAGAUAUUACGUUAGCAAUAGGCACUCAGCAUUUGAAUCAAUCAGUGAGGUCCACCAUGGAGUUCUGUUCUAUGUUCUUUCUGUUACUUAUAAUCUUAAAUGAUCUUACCAGAAGGUGUAACCUCUUCACAGUCGAUGCAAGUAUGAAAAUUAAAAAUAAGUUGAGCCUUAUUAUUUAAAAAAGAACAACAAUUGUAGUAUUUGAAGGCAUAAAGAGAUGUUACAGAACUCCUUAACCUGUGACAAAAGUUUAUUCAAAGUACGAAGUGUACUGAUCAGUGUUGAUUUUUAUUGCAUCUGGAAUGUGCACAUCCUUGAUGUAAUGAAGUGCCGUAGUUAACCUAUUACUUAAAAUUGAAGAGCUUAGUUUGUCAUACUUAAUCCCAUUCUAUAAUGAAUUAAAGAAUAAUUUUUUGUGAAUUCGAUUUAUGGGGAUAAUAACAUUUCAGAAUAUAGAAGUGUAUAACGAAUUAUAUCUGGUAUUAAUUCUGGAAAUCCUGAAGAAUAUUGUUCAAAAUAGAUGUUAUUUUGACAA